AUGGACUGCAGGACUCAGGCCAGCAGCUCAGAUAGAAACCUGGAAGCAGUCAGCCUCGUGUCGGGCUUCGACCUGAUCCAGGCUGGCAGCAGCAAGCCAGUCAUACUCGCUUCAACGCAGCCCUCACCGCCCGGAGCGGCGGCCCUCACCGCCCGGAGCGGCGGCCCUCACCGCCCGCAGCGGCGGCCCUCACCGCCCGGAGCAGCGGCCCUCACCGCCCCGUUCAGAGUACCUCUGUCUCUGUUUUCCAGGGUGUUCAAGAAAGCCAGCCCCAACGGAAAGCUCACCGUCUACCUGGGGAAGAGGGACUUUGUGGACCACGUGGACCUGGUGGAACCCGUCGACGGCGUUGUCCUCAUCGACCCCGAGUACCUGAAAGAGAGGAAAGUUUUCGUGACGCUGACCUGUGCGUUCCGGUAUGGUCGCGAGGACCUGGACGUCCUGGGUCUGACGUUUCGGAAGGACCUGUUUGUGGCGAACGUCCAGGCCUUCCCUCCGCUGCCCGAGGAGAAGAAGACUCUCACUCGUCUCCAGGAACGCCUGAUCAAAAAACUGGGAGAACACGCCUACCCGUUCACCUUUGAGAUUCCCCUGAACCUGCCGUGCUCCGUCACCCUGCAGCCCGGCCCCGAGGACACCGGCAAGGCCUGCGGCGUCGACUUUGAAGUGAAAGCUUUCUGUGCAGAAAAUGUUGAAGAAAAGAUCCACAAAAGGAACUCGGUGCGGCUGGUCAUCAGGAAGGUGCAGUACGCCCCGGAGAAGCCGGGCCCCCAGCCCAUGGCAGAGACCACCCGGCAGUUCCUCAUGUCAGACAAGCCGCUGCACCUGGAGGCCUCGCUCGACAAAGAGAUCUACUACCACGGAGAGCCAAUCAGCGUCAAUGUUCACGUCACCAACAACACCAACAAGACCGUGAAGAAGAUGAAGAUCUCAGUGCGGCAGUACGCCGACAUCUGCCUCUUCAACACGGCUCAGUACAAAUGUCCCGUCGCCACCGAGGAGUCCGAUGACCUGGUGGCUCCCAGUGCGACCUUCUGCAAAGUCUUCACUCUCACUCCGUUCCUCGCCAACAACCGGGAGAAGCGAGGCCUGGCUCUGGACGGCAAGCUGAAGCACGAGGACACCAACCUGGCCUCCAGCACGCUGCUGAGGGAAGGGGCCAAUAAGGAGAUCCUGGGCAUCAUCGUGUCGUACAAAGUCAAGGUGAAGCUGGUGGUGUCCCGAGGCGGGCUCCUGGGAGAUUUGGCAGCGAGCGACGUGUCGGUGGAGCUGCCCUUCACGUUAAUGCAUCCCAAGCCUCUGGAAGACUCCGCCUACAGGGACGCUCCAGAUGAAGCUCCAAUUGACACAAACCUGAUCGAGUUUGACACAAAUGACGAUGACAUCAUCUUCGAAGACUUUGCCCGCCAGCGGCUGAUCGGGGCGAAGGACGACAAGGACGAGGACGAGGAGGCGGCAGACUCGCCCAAACUGAACGACAGAUAAAGGAGGCGGAGCCGCCGUUGGCCGCGUGGAGGUCAGCGCGCAGCCCGGACGCCCUUUAACCCA